CCUAACCCGGCAGUAAACAACGGCAGACAAGGGAGAGGAGCGAACGGGAGUUGCUCGAUGGUUGGCGUUGGUUAAAGCUCUCACAUAAGCCCACGUCAUGAUGGCCACCAAAAGGCUGGACCGCUUUGAGGUGGCGUGCGAGUGGGCGUCGUGCAGCUACAGAGGCCGCGGCAUGGAGGAGCUGAGCGACCACAUGUCCGAGCAUUUGAGAGACUACCUGGGGGACAAGGACGCCCUGGAGGACUUGGACGAGUACGCUUGUCUGUGGAAAGGCUGCGAGUUCGUCUCCAUGGGAAGCCCGGCGGAGUUGGAGGCGCACGCGUACUUCCACAACUACCACGCCAAGAUCAAGUUCGUGGGCUCGCAGCUGCUCCAGUCCCACCCCGACCUGCCCGCGUGCAACCAGGCCGUGCAUAGCAGCAACCUGCUGCCCGAGGGCUCCGACAGACACCUCUGCCAGUGGGAGAACUGCGAUGUACGUGUGUCAUUGAGCACGUUUACCAACCCCGAGUGGUUCUACCGCCACGUGGACAAUCACGUGGAAAGUGCGGAGCAGCAGCAGCAGCUCUCCCAUCAACAGCAGGCUCUCUUCUGUCGCUGGUCAAACUGCGACGCCUUCUUCAAGAUCCGCUACCGCCUGAGAGAGCACAUGCGCAGUCACACGCAAGAAAGACUGGUGGCCUGUCCCACCUGCGGCAGCAUGUUCUCCAGCAACACCAAGCUCUUUGACCACCUCCACAGGCAGGCCCAGCCAGUCGAUUCACUUGUGUGUGAACACUGUGGCAAAGCCUUUUCCAGUGAGAGACUGUUGCGGGAUCACGUACGACAGCAUGUGAAUCAGGUCAAGUGUCCUUUCUGCGACAUGACGUGCACGACGUUGGCCGCCCUCAAGAUCCACAUCAGGUUCCGACACUGUGACGAGCGGCCCUUCCCUUGUGACUUUUGCGAGAAAAGGUUCAAGAACCAGCGAGACCUCCAGAAGCACACGGACGUCCACAACGAGGGCUCGGUGUUCCACUGCUCUGUGCAAGGCUGCGAAUAUUCCUGUCAGACCUUCCAGACCAUGAACCAUCACUUCAAGAGGGUGCACGAGGUGGGGGGGAUGUCCAAGUAUAAAUGUCACCUUUGCGACAAAGUGUUCUCCUGGUGUUACACGCUCACUCUUCACCUGCGAAAGAAACAUGAACUGAAGUGGCCCUCGGGACAUUCGCGAUUCCGAUACAGGAAGGACGUGGAUGGCUUUCUGAAGCUGAACAUGGUGCGUGUGGAGACUGAGGAGGUGACCAAAGAGAUCAUGAAGAACAUGAACAAGAAGCCCGUCAGCCUUCGCAAGAGUCAGCGCAGUCGCGGCGAGAGGGCCGCCGUCACCCUGGACAGCGGACGCUCCUCCUGUUCCUCCUCCACGGAGGACCCGUCCGCCCAGUCCAGCCCCCGUGGAGGUGGCGACUCCCCCGUGUACUGCGUCAUGAGCACCAUCCCGCACAUCGAGGACGAUCCCGGCGGGACCACGCAGGAGGAGUGCGACCCCGGUGGGACGUCCGGAGCCGUGAGGGCCCUCACCAUGGUGGCGAGGGGGCUGGGCAUGGAUGUAGUGUGAUAUGUGGAAAAUAUCUUUCAGCAUUUUUCUAUUGUUUGGACGUUGACUUGAAUUUGCAUUGUUCUAGAUUCUAAAUGCAUUUUUAUUUUCAGUAUUGAAGUAUGCUUCUGCUGCUUUUAUAUUUACACACAUUUUCAUACAUUAUUUUAUGAGCUGAUGCCGUGUGGCUGAGUGAUCUUAUCUUGCAUGUGUGUGUGCGUGUAUUAUCAAAUAAACAGUUGAGCGGGUCAAGUCCUCAGCCAAUCAGGACAAAG